GCUCCUCUGGGAUGAUAGUCAUUGUUUGUCUUCUCUUCGUUGGGGCAGCCUCGUUUCUCCUGAAGGAUGUCGGGCCUUUUGACGACUAACUCCAGCUCCGUGCUCCUCCUGCUGUCUGUCUCCCCGACCCUCCUCCUCCUCCUCUUCCUCCCGCUGCUGCCUCUGGACGCCAAGUCAUUGUCCGCUGCCCAUGGCGUGGCGGGGCGUGGUCUGGACGCCACAGGAGGCGGGGUCAGGCGUCUCCGCAGAGACCUCCGUGAUUCGCUGCCGUACGAGGCCGGGAUGAUGUCCUAUCCUGGGGAGUCGGCUGACGUCCUGACCCGACGGGGGGGUAACGAGCUGCUCUAUCAACCAGAGGAGUGGAGGGGGCAGGGCUUAAGACAUGCUGUGCAGCAAUUGGUGGAGAACGACGAGAGGCAUGAACAGGAAACGGCGUACCUGGCCGGUUUGCUCCGCCUCCUCAGUGAAGCUGAAGGAGCUGCCGGAGAGGAGGGAGGUGAGGAGGACCAUGGGCCAGGGGACUUCCAAGGGCCCUAUACCCGUGACUAUGAUGAAACAGAGCAGGGGAUGAGAAUGGGAAAGCCCCAGGCUGCAGCUCCAUGGCAGGGCCUACUGGACCCCCAGCUCACCCAGGCUCUGCUCAACAGAUACAGGCAGGAGAGGCUGCAGCAGCAGGCCGCGUUACCAGGUCUACCAGCCGCCAUCAACAGGUUUACAGAUGACAGGCUGGAAACAGGCAGCCAGGACCAAGACCAGGAGGCUCUGAGAUACCUCGUAACCAAGAUCCUGUCCAGCAUUAGUCCCAACAACCCCCAGGGUUCGUCAGUCCGCCGGGCGAGGAGGGACCUGGUGUCUUUGUCUGGUGGUGGGGGUGAAGGGGUCAGAGCAGCCUCAGAACCAGUCUUCCACAGAUCCCGUCGCUCCCUGGUCUCCCCUCCUACUCCCUCCCCCAGCCGGGAGCCCUCUCCGGGGCUUCUGAGGGUCAAGAGGCUGGGGUACAUGGAAGAGGGCCCUGGAUUGCUUGGGGGAGAGAGGGAGGGCCACAAGACCCCAAACCAUGCUGUGGGGUUACAGAGGAUGAAGAGGAUCGACACCGAACUACAGGCCCAGCCUGGUGGGAGGCCCAGCCGCAGGAGAAGAGCCCUGAACUACGACCCCCAAGCACUAACCCACGACCCCGAGCUGCUGGUCCAACACAUCCUACACUACCUGCCACAGUAGAGAGGGAGAGAUAGAGAGAGAGAUGGAGAGACAGAGAGAGAGAGAGAUGGAGAGAGAGAAACAGAGAGAGAUAUAGAUAUAGAUGGAGUGAGAUAUAUAGAGGGAGAGAGAGCGAUAGAGA